GCUCAAGUUAUGCCACUCGUCAGUCUCGAACUUCAUCAUAGUAGUAGUCUAUUUCACUAGCCGACUUGCACGAUUUCAGCUGUUACUCCUGGAAAAACACAGCGUUGUUCCUCUACUCUCUACAUACAUCUUACCACCGCCUAUAUCUGUUCACCUUCCUUCUACAAUCGGCAUCUUUGCGCAGAAGCAGCACGCGACUACCCCCCUCCUUUUAGCAGCCUCACCGUUUCUACAUAACCUUCACCAUGGCGACACCUGCCUUUGGAGCGCAGGCGUCUACCGAACCCGAACCUAACAAUGCCGCACUCUUCGAGUCUCGAAGGAGACAGACAAUCAGCGGCUCACAGAUCCUCGACAAUAUCGUGUCUUUCUCCAAUUGUGCGUCUACCUCCUCCCCGAAGGACAGGUCCUCGAGACACCCAUCAUUAAGAAGAGUCGGGUGAACUGACUACCACCGCAAUUUAGUCGAUCGAGAUGAGGUGGACCGAUUACGGAAAAGAUUCAUGAAAUUGGACAAGGACAACAGUGGAACAAUUGAGCGAGAAGAAUUCCUCUCUUUACCUCAAGUCUCUUCAAAUCCCCUGGCCACUAGAAUGAUAGCGAUAUUCGAUGAAGAUGGAGGUGGUGAUGUCGAUUUCCAAGAAUUCGUGCUCGGACUCUCUGCCUUCUCGGCCAAGGGACACAAGGAGGAGAAGUUGAAGUUUGCCUUCAAGGUCUACGACAUUGACCGCGACGGAUACAUCUCUAAUGGCGAACUAUUCAUCGUGCUCAAGAUGAUGGUGGGAAGCAACUUGAAGGAUCAACAGUUGCAACAAAUCGUGGACAAGACCAUCAUGGAAGCCGACAAGGACGGCGAUGGGAAAAUCAGCUUUGAAGAGUUCACCCACAUGGUUGAGAACACCGACGUGAGCAUGAGUAUGACACUGGAUCAAUUCUGAACAGUCUGGUCGUGCAGGCUACGAUCUAUAUUGGGAGCAAGGUCUGGACGAUGGUCUGGUACCUCAGAAGGACAAUAUGAUGUGUAACGCUUUGAUGACCUGUGCCAUGGUAGUAUAACUGCAACGAUGUGGCUUUUAAAAAGACCGGCGACCACGUUUUGACUGAGUGGUCUACUGAGGUAGAAUGCGACGCCUUUAAACAAUAUGAACAGCCUGGGGUUUUUGUUGGUCGUCUACUUGAAGUCUAUGCCCAUAUUUCAUAUACCACUGACUUGAGGACUCGAUCGAACAUACACUGUACUUGUCGCUCAUGGGCUCUUGACCUCCUGCAUUGAUUGGCCCAGCCGAAUUUUUGGUCCAUUUUCAGGCCAUCUCGUAUCCAUAUGAGACCACAGGUCAGCCGCACUCACCGAUCUGUAGGAUUUUAUUCUGCUGACGAAGCACGCAUCACAUGCUCUAAGAGGUACACACUACCCACAAUACUCAUCCCUUCGGAUCGGAUGUACGGUUACAUCUCCUUUACCCCAGGUAGUACACAAAGAAUGGUUGGAUUUUUGCCGAAUGACAUUGUCAACAAACCGGA